AUGAUUAUCGCUCACGCUCCAAAAACUUAUUUCGGUUCAGGAGAUAUACAAAAAUCAUUGGGUUCUCUUUCUGGAUUUCCAUGGGUGAAAUAUCCCGGAGAAAAACAUCUUCCCGGUCAUAAUAGGUUAGAUCUGCGAUUAGACGAAAACGAUAAACCCAAACCAGGGGAAGAACCAGUAAAUAGAGUUGAUGCCGCUGCGCUUAAACACGACAUACUAUACAGAAAAAAAGACAUAAACUUCAGACACGAAGCAGACAGACAAAUGAUAAUCGAACUUGAAAAUAUUCCAAAUCCAACUUUCAAAAAGAGAAUGCAAAGAGCAUUAAUCAUUAAACUGUUAAAAGCAAAGAUGAAAUUAGGCAUGGGAUUGGCGGAUGAAAUUCAUAAAGAAUUUAGAAAAACUAGAAACUUUUUAAAAGUUAAAUCUCCGGAAAACGACAAUGACGCCGUUCAUAAGAAGUAUUUACGGGAACAAAUAAAUUCAAUUGAAGUAAAUAAAAACCAUUUAGAAGAUAAAAUAAGUAAUGUGAAAAGAUUCUUCAAACGUCUACUAAAUAAUAAUAAUUUUGUUAAUGAUACUAAACUACAACAAGAGGUAAAAGUUGAAUCAAUAUUCUUCAGACAAAACUUUAGUUUAUAUAAAAAAUUUAACGCUCAAAAAAUUCUUCAGUUUAUCAAUGGUACAAAAAAUGUAGAAAUUAAAGAAUUUGAAAUUAACGACGAAAACAGCAAGCCUCGUCACUUAUAUGAAAUUAAAACGAGUGGAAAAUAUAUAGACAGGUUUAGAAUGUUAAUCAUACCAGAUAAAGAAGAAGAUGAAUUUACAUUGAGUCAUUUUGAUAUGUUAUUGGAAACGGAAACUCCACCAUCAACAAGUAUUAUUAGAAAUCCAGAACCACAAAAAGAAGGAAAUAUGAGUUAUGAGUUUUUACGAACGUCAGACUUUGAAUACGUAAAACUAUAUUUUGUUCAUAGUGAUAUAUUUACCUCAAUUGAUAUUCAUAAAAGUCAACAAAAAAAAAAAAUUUUGAUACCAACAAUAAGAGAUGAUGUUGAUGCAUAUGUUAAUAUAUCAAUCUCUAUUGAAAAACCCAAAUUUUCACCUCCUCUGAAUAAGAUUAAUGAUUCGAAAGAACAAAUGUCGUUAAUAUCAGUAGAAGUUUUUAUUGAUGAUGGUAAACAAGAAACAGCUUUAUCAGAAAUUCAUUUAAUUUAA